GCCAGGGACGGCCCGGCCGCGCUCCGGCCUCCUCCACCUCUUCCCGUUCUGCGGGCCUGGCGGUCGGAGCACCAUCCCCUUUUCGGAGUUCCUGCCCGGCUGCGAGGUGGAACGCGUGGAAGGGAGGUGGCUCGGGGCGCUGUCUCUGCGGUCAGAGCAGGAUCGGUGCUGGUCCGCGGAGGCGGCCCGUGCGGGACUGUGUUGUUAAUUUCGGGUGGAGGCUGUUUCCUCCAGAACACUCCGGUCGGCGAGACUUCAUGCUGCGCCCGCGUUUGAGGGAGGACGAAGGAAGUCCCGUCCGGCGACAUUUCCGUCGUGUCUUCAGCUGAGAGAACCUGGGGUCCUAAGUGGCGGCAGUCCCCGUGUUGGGCUCUGCGGGCGGAGCUUCAGGCGGCCGGGCCUCGGAGUCGGUGCCGAUGCGGGACGCGGGGGCAGCGUGGGAGCGGCCGCUGCGGGUGCUAUGCCUCUGGGCCGCCAGGUAAUCAGACAGCUAAAUGGAGUCUGAGCAGCUGUUUCACAGAGGCUACUACAGAAACAGCUACAACAGCAUAACCAGCGCAAGCAGCGAUGAAGAGCUGCUAGACGGAGCAGGUGUCAUUAUGGACUUUCAGACCUCUGAGGAUGACAGCUUGCUAGACGGUGACACUGUAGUUGGGACGCAUUACACAAUGACCAAUGGGGGCGGCAUCAACAGUUCCACACACUUGCUGGAUCUUCUGGAUGAGCCGAUUCCAGGUGUUGGUACAUACGAUGAUUUUCAUACUAUUGACUGGGUACGAGAGAAAUGCAAAGACAGAGAAAGGCACAGAAGGAUCAACAGCAAAAAGAAAGAAUCAGCAUGGGAAAUGACGAAAAGCUUAUAUGACGCAUGGUCAGGAUGGCUGGUUGUAACGCUGACGGGACUGGCAUCAGGGGCACUAGCAGGACUGAUAGACAUUGCUGCCGACUGGAUGACUGACCUGAAGGAAGGCAUCUGUCUCAGUGCGCUGUGGUAUAACCAUGAGCAGUGCUGCUGGGGAUCUAAUGAAACGACUUUUGAAGAGAGGGACAAAUGUCCACAGUGGAAGACCUGGGCAGAAUUAAUCAUAGGCCAAGCAGAGGGUCCUGGUUCUUAUAUCAUGAACUACAUAAUGUACAUCUUCUGGGCAUUGAGUUUUGCCUUUCUUGCAGUUUCCCUGGUAAAGGUAUUUGCUCCAUAUGCCUGUGGCUCUGGAAUUCCGGAGAUUAAAACUAUUUUGAGUGGAUUCAUCAUCAGAGGUUACUUGGGAAAAUGGACUUUGAUGAUUAAAACCAUCACAUUAGUUCUGGCUGUGGCAUCAGGUUUGAGUUUAGGAAAAGAAGGUCCACUGGUACACGUUGCUUGUUGCUGUGGAAAUAUCUUUUCCUACCUCUUUCCAAAGUACAGCACAAAUGAAGCUAAAAAAAGGGAGGUGCUGUCAGCUGCCUCAGCUGCAGGUGUCUCUGUAGCGUUUGGUGCACCGAUUGGAGGAGUUCUCUUUAGCCUGGAGGAGGUUAGCUAUUAUUUUCCUCUCAAAACUUUAUGGAGAUCAUUUUUUGCUGCUUUAGUGGCUGCAUUUGUUUUGAGAUCCAUCAAUCCAUUUGGUAAUAGCCGCCUGGUCCUUUUUUAUGUGGAAUAUCAUACACCAUGGUACCUUUUCGAACUGUUCCCUUUUAUCCUCCUAGGGGUUUUUGGAGGGCUUUGGGGCGCCUUUUUCAUUAGGGCAAAUAUUGCCUGGUGUCGUCGCCGCAAGUCCACCAAGUUUGGGAAGUACCCUGUCCUGGAAGUCAUCAUGGUUGCGGCCAUCACUGCCGUGGUUGCCUUUCCCAACCCUUACACCAGGCUCAACACCAGCGAACUGAUCAAAGAGCUGUUCACAGACUGUGGCCCCCUGGAGUCCUCCUCCCUCUGUGACUACAGAAAUGACAUGAAUGCCAGUAAAGUUGUUGAUGAUAUUCCCGACCGGCCCGCAGGCAUUGGCGUGUACUCAGCGAUAUGGCAGUUGUGCUUAGCACUCAUAUUUAAAAUCAUUAUGACAGUCUUCACUUUUGGUAUUAAGGUCCCAUCAGGCUUAUUCAUCCCCAGCAUGGCUAUUGGAGCGAUAGCCGGGAGGAUUGUGGGCAUCGCAGUGGAGCAGCUUGCCUACUACCACCAUGACUGGUUCAUCUUCAAAGAGUGGUGUGAGGUCGGGGCUGACUGUAUCACACCUGGCCUCUAUGCCAUGGUUGGCGCUGCUGCAUGUUUAGGGGGGGUAACAAGGAUGACUGUCUCCCUGGUGGUGAUUGUUUUUGAGCUUACUGGAGGCUUGGAAUACAUUGUUCCCCUCAUGGCUGCAGUAAUGACCAGCAAAUGGGUCGGCGAUGCCUUUGGUAGGGAAGGCAUUUAUGAAGCUCACAUCCGGUUAAAUGGAUACCCUUUCCUGGACGCAAAAGAAGAAUUCACUCACACCACCCUCGCUGCCGAUGUCAUGAGACCUCGAAGGAAUGACCCUCCCUUGGCUGUCCUGACACAGGACAAUAUGACAGUAGAUGACAUAGAAAACAUGAUUAAUGAAACAAGCUACAACGGAUUUCCUGUCAUAAUGUCAAAAGAAUCUCAGAGAUUAGUGGGAUUUGCCCUCAGAAGAGACCUGACAAUUGCAAUAGAAAGUGCCAGAAAAAAACAAGAAGGCAUCAUUGGCAGUUCUCGGGUAUGCUUUGCGCAGCACACCCCAUCUCUCCCAGCAGAAAGCCCGCGGCCUCUGAAAUUGCGAAGCAUUCUUGAUAUGAGCCCCUUCACGGUGACAGACCACACACCGAUGGAAAUAGUGGUAGACAUUUUCCGAAAGCUGGGCCUGAGGCAGUGCCUUGUAACUCACAAUGGGAUUGUCUUGGGGAUCAUCACCAAGAAGAACAUAUUAGAGCAUCUCGAGCAACUAAAGCAGCACGUCGAGCCCCUGGCGCCUCCUUGGCAUUAUAACAAAAAAAGAUAUCCUCCGGCAUAUGGCCCAGACGGCAAACCAAGACCCCGCUUCAAUAAUGUUCAACUGAAUCCCAUAGAUGAGGAGAGAGAAGAGACAGAAGAGGAAGUUCAUUUGUUGAAUAGCACAACUCUUUAACCCAAGGGAGUCGUCCACAGUUUUCCUUCCCUUAAAAAAAAAAAAGGAAAUAUAAAAGCCAGGUUUUUGCAGCAAGUAAUGCUGGUGGGAUGGAGUUGUUUGGGGAGGGAAAGGAGAGAGAAGGAAAGAAGUAAGGUAUUUCCCAGUGUCCAGUAUUGAGAGCAGCGAGUCACCUCCUGGUGUUCUGCACAGGGGACCUGUGCCUGGCAGUGUGGGCCACGCCCAGAGACACUGCGCCCCAGAGAGCCGAGUCUGCACACUGGCCAGUCACCUAGCACCACAGCGACCAGGCUGGUCCACAUCUCUGGAGGGAUCACUUUGAAUUGAGCCAUCUAUAAAACUGCAAGAUCUUGCUCUUUUUUUUUAUCAAAACUGUUCUGUUUAAUUAAUGAAUUGUAUAUUUAAGCAUUACCUUUUACAUUCCAGAAGAGCCUUUCCCUUUCUCUCUCUCUCCCUCUCUGUAACAAAACCUUUUCAAAUUGGUGUACCCUUUUGAGACAGUCCUUUCUCAUAUUGAGAUGUACUGUGACUUUACAGAGGCACCAUCACAAGAAGGGAGUGUUCCUUGUGCAUUAGCCAUGUGGUUGGUGCCACUACUAAAUGCUUGGGACAGUGCCACGCCCCACAGCAAAGGCUGGUAAGGCAGGUGAAGUCUCGAGUGAAGCAUGAACUCGAUCUCUUCAGCUGUGUGCUGUAUGAUUUGGAAUUAAAAACAAUGAACCCUGAUUCUCAAGGAUAAAGUUUUAAGUCUCUCAGACAUUAAUGGAUAAUGUGACUUGGUCUGAUGCAAAUUUUCUAUUUCUAAAACUACUAUGAUAUAUACAAGUGCUGUUCAGCAUAAUUAAACAAAAUGCUGCUGCCUCAACAGUAAAGAGAAGGAAGUAUUCUGUUUAGCUGGAUCUGAUAAUUAAAUGCAUGUUAAAACA